UUGUGUACUUCUAGUUCGAAAUAUUGUUUAUGCUAACAAAGUGCAUUUUCAUGUAGAUGCAGGUUGGUAAUUUACAAUAAGCAAGUGCAAGAGAUCAUGGAUUUGUACGUUUUGUAGAAAUUUUGUUUACCUCACGUGCAACCACUUCAACAUCACACGGCUCGUCCGUGCGAUCGAAGCGUCCACAGCAAGAUGCCGACAAGCAAACUAAAGCUUCAUGCGGAUGAGUCCUUCUUCAAUCUGGGAUCUCAGAGCAAUGCUUCCGCAGCAGCUUCGCUUACGCCUAGCGUGACCGACUCUAAGCCAGCGGCUAAGAAAAAAAUGGGUCGACCGCCUAAAACGCUCCUAUCACAGCUGAAGGCUAACACAGAUUCGGAAUUGCUUACUAGCAAGAAUUGGAGCGAACUUGGCAUCGAACUAACGGGAAACGAACAAGACAAGGCCGGUUCUUCUAGCUCAUCUUCAUCUAGUUCGUCGACAUCAUCAAGAGGAAGCAAGCUUUUCGCGCCUACUUCUACGUCAGCAUCCUCUUCAGUGGGAUUUGUGGACGGAAAUGGAGACGUCAAAACAAAGUGGAGUGAACUAGCUGAAGUACAAAAAGCGUUGAGUCGUCUCGACAAUAGGUUCUACCACGCAGACAUCGACGACAAAGAAGCACAAGCUGAAGCAUUAAACGAGGCAAGUCAGCUUCUUACUGAAGCUCAGGAUCGCGUCUGUUCUACUUCGGGAGCCGAGCUUUGUGGGCAGGCAGCAAAAGACGUGAAGAAUUUUACAAAAGCUCUUUCCAGUAAUUCUGCUACAACUACUACUACCACUAGUAGCACUAGUAGUGUCCAGCCUCAAAACGAUGUUCCUCCGAAUGCUACUUGUAAUAGUAGCAUCAGUAGUAUUACAGCUGUUCAUAAAAAAAAAAUUGGGCGUCCAAGAAAAUCAGCUACUCAACUUGUUGCAGCUCCUGCUCAAACGAAAGCUGCCGCCAAGAAAGCAGCUAAGAUAGCAGCACGGAAAAAGAAAGUUGUACAAGCCGAAGACGACGAAAUAGAGCAUGUAGAUGAGUGUGCAGAUGAUAAAGAACUCGAGCCAGCACCUAAAAAAAGAAGAGGUAGACCGCCCAAAGAAGCACCCAUUGCAGCUCCUGCUCGUGCUGGCGAUGGAGGUAAAGGCGUCAAGAGAAAGACAAAGAGACAUCUAGAACUUGAAGAAGCUGAUGCUACUUCGGAGGAAAGUAGUGAAGAAGAAGACUGGGACGAGAAGAAAAACGCAAGCAAGUAUGAUGACAGCGAUGACGACGCUCGUGUGACAAUCGAAAAAUAUCGCACCUGCAUGAACCCUAUGGACGCUCUUCACAUCGAUC